AGGUGCAAACAUUGCACGCGGCACCGCCUGUCAAAAAGCACGACUCAAUCUGACUCGUCUAUUCUUGGCUACCGACCACAUCACAUCACGUACACCUUCGUUUUAUUUCCAUCCUAUAAAGGGUGUUCAGGCUGUGACCCUUGCCUUCGCCGUUCGCCAAAAUGUCCGAUUCGCGACCCAGUACUGCCAACGAAAAGCUUACCAUCACUGGCCCAGAUUCAAAGAAGGCUGGCUGGUUCACUCGCCAGAAGCCGACCAAAUCUGUCGACACCGAUGAGAAAGGCUCAGAGGUCGCUGUCGUCCCUCCCGAGCCGGAAGCACCUCCUAUAUCCUUCACGGAGCUCUUCAGGUUCUCCACGAAAUUCGAACUUUUCAUCGAUGCAAUUGCUUUGGUUGCAGCGGCAGCAGCAGGCGCCGGCUCAGGUCCGUUAAUGACACUGCUCUUUGGAAACCUUACCAAUGGAUUCGUCGUAUUCCAAUCAGUCGUCAAUCAAGUAGACCAGGGCAAUCAACAAGCUAUCAACGAUUUGCCUGCUGCCGCGGCAUCGUUCCGCCAUGAGGCUGGCAAGGACGCGCUCUAUCUGGUUGUCAUAGGUAUUGGCCUGUUCGCCUGCACCUAUCUCUACAUGUAUGUAUGGGUUUAUACUGCUGAGGCCAACGCAAAGCGUAUCCGGGAGCGGUAUUUGCGAGCGGUUUUACGCCAGGACAUCCCAUUUUUUGACAAAGUUGGAGCAGGAGAAGUUGCUACUCGGAUCCAGACCGACACCCACUUGGUACAGCAGGGCAUGUCCGAGAAGGUUGCCCUCGUGGUGACCUUCUUGUCCGCCUUUGUUACUGGUUUUAUAUUGGCCUAUAUCCGGAGUUGGCGUCUUGCUCUUGCUUUGACGUCUUUGUUGCCUUGCAUUGGUAUCACGGGAGCGGUUAUGAACAAGGCCAUAUCCAAAUAUAUGCAGCUUUCCCUGAAGCACAUUGCAGACGCUGGAAGUAUCGCCGAAGAAGUUAUCUCCACAAUUCGAACAGCGCAGGCAUUUGGCACGCAGCGGAUUCUGUCGAGCUUGUACGAUCAGCACGUCGAGAAGUCGAAGGCGGUGGACGUCAAGUCCGCGAUAUGGCUCGGAGGAAGUCUUUCGGUCUUCUUUUUCUGCAUCUACUCGUCGUACGCUUUAGCCUUUUCAUUCGGUACGACCCUCAUUUUGCGGGGAGAUGCUGACGCUGGUGUUGUCAUCAACGUAUUCAUGGCGAUCCUGAUUGGUUCUUUCUCGCUGGCAUUGUUGGCCCCCGAAAUGCAAGCCAUCACUCACGGACGGGGUGCGGCUGCUAAACUUUAUGCCACCAUCGACCGUGUGCCAGACAUAGAUUCGGCCGAUCCUAGCGUCACACUCGAGGACGUUCAUUUUAAUUAUCCUUCACGUCCCGACAUCCAGGUCGUGAAAGGGAUCAGCCUCACCUUUCGAGCGGGUAAAACCGCCGCUCUCGUCGGUGCCUCAGGAUCCGGAAAGUCGACGGUGAUUUCUCUGAUAGAACGAUUCUAUGAUCCUUUAUCUGGCGUCGUGAAAUUGGACGGACGGGAUUUGAAGUCUCUCAAUCUCAGGUGGCUUCGCUCGCAGAUUGGACUAGUAUCACAGGAGCCAACACUAUUUGCGACCACGAUCAGAGGCAACGUUGAGCAUGGACUUAUUGGAACUAAGUAUGAAAAUGCCUCCGAGGAGGAGAAGUUCGCGCUGAUCAAGGAAGCAUGUGUCAAGUCUAACGCUGAUGGCUUCAUAACUAAGCUACCUCUGGGCUAUGAUACCAUGGUUGGCGAGCGAGGAUUCCUGCUUAGUGGUGGUCAGAAACAACGUGUUGCCAUUGCGAGAGCCAUUGUAUCGGAUCCUCGCAUUCUUCUUCUCGAUGAGGCGACUAGUGCUUUGGACACUCAAAGUGAGGGAAUUGUACAGGACGCCCUGGACAAGGCCGCGGCUGGACGUACAACCAUCACCAUUGCUCAUCGUCUCUCGACGAUCAAGGACGCCGACGUCAUAUUCGUCAUGGGAGAUGGACUGGUCGUUGAACAGGGAACUCACCAGGAACUGCUUCAAAGAGAAGGUGGCGCCUAUGCGCGCCUCGUCCAAGCUCAGAGGCUUCGUGAAAGUGAUGAAGUAGCCGCCGUUGCCGUUGAUGAAGACGCCGAUGAUGGAGAUGAUGAACCCAAGGACAUGGAGAAGGCCGCCCGCGAGGAGGUCCCUCUUGGUAGACGAAAUACUGGUCAGUCACUUGCCAGCCAGAUCCUGGAGCAGAAGAAGAAGGAACAGAAGGACAGCAAAGAGCCGGAACAUAGCAUGUAUUACCUUUUCAAACGUAUGGGGAAAAUUAACAGAUCGCAAUGGAGGAAGUACUUCCUCGGCACGAUCUUUGCUACUAUGACGGGGAUGGUGUAUCCGGCCUUUGGUAUCGUAUAUGCUAAGGCUAUCAACGGCUUCUCGUUCACUGGCUCGGAGCUCAGACAUUCUGGUGACAGGAAUGCCCUUUGGUUCUUCAUCAUCGCCAUCAUCUCUACGCUGUGUAUUGGCAUGCAGAAUUAUCUCUUUUCGUCUUCCGCCGCCGCGUUGAUGGCCAAACUGAGAUCUCUGAGUUUCAAGGCUAUCCUGAGACAAGACAUUGAGUACUUCGAUAAGGACGAGCACAGCACCGGUGGUUUGGUAUCGAACCUUAGUGAAAACCCUCAAAAGGUGUUUGGUUUGGCUGGUGCUACCCUCGCAGCAAUCGUGCAAAGUAUUUCGACCCUGAUCGUUGGCUCCAUUCUCGGUUUAAUCUUCAUCUGGAAAGUCGGCCUUGUCGGUAUUGCGGUUACGCCUCUUCUCGUGUCCAUGGGGUAUAUCCGCUUGCGUGUCGUUGUCUUGAAAGAUCAGAAGAACAAGAAAGCUCAUGAAAGUUCCGCCCAACUCGCCUGCGAAGCCGCUGGUGCCAUUCGAACCGUUGCAUCCCUUACUCGGGAAGACGACUGUUGCAACCAAUACUCUUUGAGCCUGGAAGAACCGCUUCGCAAAUCUAACAGGACCGCUAUCUGGAGCAAUAUGUUGUAUGCGUUUUCUCAGUCCACGAUCUUCUUCUGCAUUGCUUUGGUCUUCUGGUACGGAGCAGCCCUAGUGUCAAGACAGGAAUUUUCCACGUUCGAUUUCUUCGUUGGUCUCAUGUCCACCAUGUUCGGUGCUAUUCAAGCAGGAAACGUCUUUUCCUUUGUCCCUGAUGUUUCCUCGGCGAAAGGCGCCGGCAGUGAUAUCCUUCGAUUGCUCGACUCCGUCCCAGAGAUUGAUUCCGAAUCGACUGAAGGCAAGAAGGUUGAUAUUGCCAAAGCUCAUGGACACAUUCGUUUGGAAAACGUUCAUUUCCGUUAUCCUACUCGGCCUGGUAUCCGUGUUUUGCGGGAGCUGUCACUUCAAGUGGAGCCAGGCACAUAUAUUGCACUUGUGGGUGCUUCCGGAAGUGGAAAGAGUACUGUUAUCCAAUUGAUUGAACGAUUUUACGAGCCGUUGGCAGGCAAGAUCUAUAUGGAUGGCAUACCGAUCGAAGAGUACAACGUACAGGAGUACCGUAAACAGAUUGCUUUGGUUUCUCAAGAGCCAACUCUUUAUGCGGGGACUAUACGCUUUAACAUCCUUCUUGGAGCUAUCAAACCACGGGACGAGGUCACGCAAGAAGAAAUCGAAGCUGCAUGUAGAGACGCGAACAUCUUAGACUUCAUUCAAGGACUUCCCAAUGGAUUUGACACGGAAGUCGGUGGGAAAGGAUCCCAGCUUUCGGGCGGCCAAAAGCAACGUAUCGCUAUCGCCCGCGCUUUGCUCCGUAACCCCAAAGUCCUCCUCCUGGACGAAGCUACAUCAGCUCUCGAUUCCAAUUCAGAAAAGGUUGUACAGGCCGCCCUUGACCAAGCGGCAAAAGGCAGGACAACAGUCGCUAUUGCACAUCGAUUAUCGACAAUUCAGAAUGCUGACCGCAUAUAUUUCAUCAAGGAAGGGCGUGUCAGUGAGUCCGGAACGCAUGACCAGCUCAUUAACCGGAAGGGCGACUAUUAUGAAUACGUUCAGUUACAGGCUUUGAGCAAGAGAGAUUGAAGUAAUGGCAACUGUAUUUGUAAGGUCAUAUCGGAACAUUUAGAUACCCAUUACGACUUAAUCGCUUCGAUCCAAUAAUACUUAGUACACCCCACCACCCCACCCAGUGCACGAUUUUGAUGAUAGAUUAUUACACUUACUGCGAUGCUCUUAUAGAAUUUAACCACACUCAUUUAAAUACGGAUAUUUACAGCUGGAAGGGAAUGAUAAACAUACUUCGAAUGCACGAGACGUAGCGCAGUAACGAUCGUUAGUGAGAGUCA